AUGUUUACAAGUAGCAGUGAAAGGCUUGUGAGAGAAUUUAAGGUAUCUAUGCAAUCCAAGUUUGAAAUGUCUGACUUAGGCCAAAUAAAGUAUUUUUUGGGUGUAGAAGUCAGUCAAGGUGAUCAAGGAGUUUUCAUAUGUCAGAGGAAGUACACGAAUGAGCUCCUUGAUAAAUUUGGAAUGCUAGACAGUAACCCGGUGAGAAAUCCUAUUGUGCCAGGGACAAAGCUGAGUAUUGAGGGAGAUGGUGUGCUUGUGGAUGAAACUCAAUACAAACAGUUGAUGCGACCGGACAUCAUGUUUGUGGUGUGUAUCUUGAGCAGGUAUAUGGCAAAACCUACAAGGCUACACAUGAUGUCUGCAAAACGUGUGCUAAGGUAUAUAAAGGGGACCGCGGAGUUUGGCAUGUAG